UGUCCACGUUUCGUCCAGGCAUGGGAUAGCACCAAGAUUUCCAUGCCUCCAAAAGAAGUUCCUUCUUUGGAUGAGGAGGGGUUCACAUGUUUUCACAUAUGUUCCUGUUUCCUUUUUUUGGGUGGUAUCUAUAUUUUCUUUCCUUGGCUUUACCCAAAAAAGAAAGAGGUCGGGUUCUUGACUUACGAGUCUUUCUAUAUCAUCUAUUUAUAUAUUCUAGGGUUGUAGCAGGUCCUUGUAGUUCAGAAUAAAAGAUAAGUAUGGACAUGGUGAUCAAAUCAAUCAAUCAGUCUCAUGGUUUCUUGCACUCUGAAAAAUUUCCUAGGGUUUCUGAGAUUUUCUCGCUCUUUCUUGGCUCCUUGAGAUCUUCCACUGAUUUAUAGUCUUUUUUGUUCCUUUUUUGCCUAGAUUUCCUCAACCUCUUUCUAUUUUUGGAAACGUAUCCGGUUUUGGCAUAGCAGCUUGUAAUCUUUGAUUUUAGAUCCUCUGUCGAUUCAUUCCCAGUUCAGAUUUCCAUAACAUCCUACCAUAUAAUUUCUGGGUUUUUGUUUUUGUUUUCUGGUUUUUCUCCUGGGAAUUGGCCUUUCUGUCUGGGGGUGGAGGAAAUGGUGAGGGGGAAAACCCAGAUGAAGCGCAUAGAAAAUGCAGCAAGCAGGCAAGUAACCUUCUCAAAGCGAAGAAAUGGGCUGCUUAAGAAGGCCUUUGAGCUAUCAGUUUUAUGUGAUGCUGAAGUUGCACUGAUCGUUUUCUCUCCUCGAGGAAAGCUCUAUGAAUUUUCGAGCGCUAGAUGCUUCAGCAUAAGCAAGACAAUAGAGCGGUAUCAGAAGAGAACCAAGGACCAAGGAAUUAGCAGCAAAGCUCAAGAAAAUUUGCAGCAUUUGAAGGAAGACAGUUCUAGCCUGACAAAGAAAAUUGAGCUUCUUGAAACAUCUAAGCGAAGACUUCUGGGAGAUAGCUUGGAAUUAUGUUCAAUUGAUGAACUACAGCAAGUCGAAAACCAGCUGGAGCGAAGCCUUAGUAAAGUUAGGGCAAGGAAGAAUCAAUUAUUUAGGGAGCAGAUUGAGAAGCUAAGGGAAGAGGAGAGAUGCCAACUGCAAGAGAAUGCAAAGUUACGUGAGAAGUAUGGCAUGCCACCCCUUAACCUGUCAAGCAAACAGCCGGAAGUUCUCCACGGAAGAAGUCAUGUGGAUGUGGAAACAGAAUUGUUCAUAGGACCACCUAAAUGAUCGAUCAUGUUGUAGUCAUGUAUAGAUCGUUGGAAAAUUAUUAGGUACUCCUGAAAUACGGAUCAUGGCAUCAUUUAAUUAAAAUUACUAAGGACCAAUUUUAAUUAGCAUGGCAUCGAUCGUAUGAUGAGAUGAGAGUACAAUAUGUCUGUUUUCGGCAAGUACCUCAUCCAUUUUGCUGCUUGAAUGGACAGUAUC